CACCCAUGUCUUAGUCAACCUAACACCAUCCAUUAAUCCAGACAUGGGACGUCUGGAGUUAAUACUAGUUUUAAUAUGGAUAACAGGUUGCUUUACCAUUGAAGACAACAAAAACAGACAUGACGUGACAGAGAGAAAUGCUGUGCUGGCCUCCUGCGACUUCAACGAUAAUGACGACCCUUUCUGCAACUUUCAACAAGACACAGCAGAUAAUGGUGACUGGACACGACAUUAUGGACCAACUCCAAGCCAAGGCACUGGACCUGAUGGAGACUAUCCAGAUGGAAAUGGGUAUUACAUAUACCAUGAGGCUGACAACAAUAUAAAUGGACAGAAAGUACGCCUUCUCAGCCCAACCAUAACAAAUGGACCUGCAGAGAUCUGUGUACAGUUUGUUUACUUCAUGUAUGGUGUUGAUCAUACUAACACUUUGACUGUGCUGGCCAAACGACCUGGCUCUGAGGAACAACUGUGGCAAAAAAUUGGCAUACAGAGCCGGUCAUGGCUUAGAGCUUCCAUCACAGUGCCCAUACCAGCCGGACAGACUGCUCAGAUUGUGUUUCAAGCAAUGCGCGGGGAGUCUCCAUUUUGUGAUACUGCUUUGGAUAACAUUGUGAUCAGCGAGGGAGCCUGUGCUGGCUGUAUUGCAGGGUGUGAUUUUGAUGAUGAUAAUUCCUACUGUGGCUGGACAAAUGAGGUAUCUGAUGAUGCAAUCUUUGGUUGGGAGCACUGGACCGGACAGACAGAUACACCAGACACUGGUCCUGAUGAUGACUUUUCCAAACCAGGAUUGGGGUCGUACCUGUUAUUGGAUUCCAGCUUUAGUAUCGAAGGGGAAUCUGCUCAGCUCUGGAGCCCUUCCACAUCAAUCUCUGGUUGCCUACAGCUGGACUUUCAUUAUUACAUGUACGGUAGUGCUGCCAACAUGGAGCUUAAUGUCCAUGCAGUCACAGCUGGUGGGGCACUUGGAGUCCCAAUUUUCAGUCUCAAAGGAAACCAAGGUCAAAGCUGGAAACUCGCAAGUGUUCGCUACACUGGUACACCUGGUACAGUGCAGUUCGUAAUUGUAGGCGUUUAUGGUGAAACAGUCCAGACAGAUAUUGCAAUUGAUAGCGUCUGCAUUACCACAUGUAUGGUAACCCCAACAACACCUAAGCCAUCCCCACCACAACCCACUACACCUAAACCAACAACGCAGAGUCCAUCAACUCCAAAACCAUCCACACCCCAGCCCACUCCACCUAAACCAACAACACAGAGUCCAUCAACACCAAAACCAUCCUCACCACAACCCACUACACCUAAACCAACAACGCAGAGUCCAUCAACUCCAAAACCAUCCACACCCCAGCCCACUACACCUAAACCAACAACACAGAGUCCAUCAACACCAAAACCAUCCACACCCCAGCCCACUACACCUAAACCAACAACACAGAGUCCAUCAACACCAAAACCAUCCACACCCCAGCCCACUACACCUAAACCAACAACACAGAGUCCAUCAACACCAAAACCAUCCACAACCCAGCCCACUACACCUAAACCAACAACACAGAGUCCAUCAACACCAAAACCAUCCACACCCCAGCCCACUACACCUAAACCAACAACACAGAGUCCAUCAACACCAAAACCAUCUACACCUCAGCCUACUACACCUAAACCAACAACACAGAGUCCAUCAACUCCAAAACCAUCUACAGCCCAGCCCACUACACCUAAACCAACAACACAGAGUCCAUCAACACCAAAACCCACAACGCCCAAGCCAACAACCCCAAAGCCAACACCACCAGUGAACUGCCCUCCAGACUCAGAGUACAUUGAGUGCGGCCCAGCCUGUAUUCCUAGCUGUGCAGAACCUUCCACCAACUGCUCUGGUUCUUGCAUCAGUGGCUGCUUCUGUAAACCAGGCUUUGUUUUCCGUGGCCGGCGUUGUGUUCCUAUUGAGCAGUGUGGAUGUCUGGAUGAUGACAACAAUUACUUUGAGCCUGGCGAGAUCAUCUUUGGAAAUGGCUGUUCAAAGUUGUGUCGCUGUGCCGGCAACUACACUUUCGACUGUGUGGACAACACCUGUGACCCUGUGACUGAAGAAUGUCGGGAGGUUGGUGGAGUGCACGGCUGCUAUCCUAAAGGAACCUCUACCUGCAUCGCUUCUGGUGACCCCCAUUACACCACCUUUGACAAGCGAAACUACGACUUCAUGGGAAACUGUUCUUACCUGAUGUCUGAACCCUGUAACAGCACAGAUGUGCCUUACUUUGCCGUAUACACAGACAAUGAGAAUCGCUACAACAAUCUUCAUAUCAGCUAUGUAAAAGCAGUUCAUGUUCAUGCAUUGGGAGUGAAAGUGUCUAUUCUAAAAGGAGGAACUGUGCAGGUUAACGGUACCAAUGUCAACAUUCCUCUGAGUCCUGUUGCUGGUGUAGAUAUUUUUAUGUCUGGCAAGCACUACACAGUGGCCUUGAACUUUGGAGUCACAGUUCGUUAUGAUGGAAACCACCAUAUGGACAUUAAAGUUAUCAAGGAUUAUGAGGACAAACUCUGUGGACUGUGUGGAGACUACAACGGAGACCCUCAGGAUGACUUCCAGACCCCAACUGGGGAACUGGUCCAAAGCCCCAGUGACUUUGGUCACAGCUGGAACACAGACCCUGACUGUAACAAGCCAGAGGUCGGCCCAAAUCCAGGAUGUACAGAUGCUGAACAGGAGUUGUACGAAGGUCCUGCUUACUGUGGCAUCAUAUUGGACAACAAAGGACCAUUUGCUGUUUGCCAUCCAAAAGUCAACCCCAAUGGUUACUUCCAAAACUGUCUGUUUGAUGUGUGUGAACUGGACGGAGCUCAUUCAGCAUUGUGUGAAGCAAUAGAGUCGUACGUCAAUGAAUGUCAGGACCGCGGAGUCACAAUUGGACCCUGGAGAAACAGCACCUUCUGUCCUCUGAAAUGCCCACCCAACAGCCAUUUUGAAUCAUGCGCCCCAGUUUGCCAGCCUUCCUGUAAGCCAAUUCCACCAGGUCAGUGCACUGGACCUUGUUCUGAAGGAUGUGUUUGUGACCCAGGUUACAUCCUCAGUGCUGGCCAGUGUGUGAAGGAAAACACAUGUGGCUGCAGCUAUAAUGGACAUUAUUAUAAGCCAGGUGAAGAGUUCUACACUAAAGACUGUGAUCUGCUGUGUAAGUGUGAUCCUCCAUUUGUUACCUGUAAUGCUGCUGACUGCCCACCAAUGGAACAAUGCGAUGUACAGGGCGGUAUAACUGGGUGCUACCCAUUAGGAUCUCAAGACUGCAUCAUCUCUGGUGAUCCUCAUUACAAUACAUUUGAUGGCAAAUUUUACAGCUACAUGGGCACUUGCACAUACACAUUGGCUCGCACCUGUAAAAACAACACUGGCCCCUGGUUCUCCAUAGAGGGUAAAAACGAAGAGAGAGGAGUCUCUGGCGUUUCCUACCUGAGAAAACUGUAUGUGACUGUUGACGGUAUCACUGUGACAAUGAUGAAAAACCAGAGGACGUUGGUGAAUGGACUCAGGGUGACUCUGCCUCACUCUCCAUCCUCACUCAUUUCUCUGUCUCUUGCUGGACAAUAUGUAAUCCUUACAACUCCCUUUGGCCUAAAAGUGCAAUGGGAUGGCAACCAUUAUGCCAAGAUCUCUGUUCCCAGCUCCUACUAUGACCAGAUGUGUGGACUGUGUGGGGACUAUGAUGGAAACCCCAAUAAUGACUUCACUAAGCCAGAUGGCACCCAAGUUGACAGCUCAAAACUGUUUGGCGACAGCUGGCAAACUAAGGAAGAUGAGGACGCAACGUGUAAGCCUGACCCUGGACCCCAACCACCCUGUGAUCCUGUGCUGGAGGGUGAGGUGUCAAAACCGGAGAACUGUGGGAAAAUAACUGACACAAAUGGACCAUUUAGAGACUGUAUCAAGGUGGUGAACCCGUUGCCUUUCUUCCAGAGCUGUGUGUUUGAUAUGUGCCGCUAUCAGGGGUUGCAGCAGGUUCUUUGUGAUCAGCUUCAGUCCUACACUGAUGCUUGCCUGAGUGCAGGUGCUCCUGUCCAUCAGUGGAGAGAGCCAGACUUCUGCCCUCUGGUAUGUCCUCCAAACAGCCACUACUCCAUGUGUGUAAGCUCCUGCCCAGAGACCUGUCUGGGUAUCAAUGGACCACCGGGCUGCAGUGAAAAGUGUGUAGAGGGAUGUGAAUGUGACCCCGGCUUCAUCCUCAGUGGCAACAAAUGUGUUCCUGUUAAAGACUGUGGCUGUGUGGAUUCUUCAGGCUCCUACCAUCCAGUUAACGAGAGCUGGUAUCUGGAGGGCUGUAAGCAGAAGUGCACUUGUGAGGGAGGAGGAUCUAUUAAGUGUUAUGACACUAGCUGUCUUCCUGAUGAAACCUGCCAACUUCAAGAUGGAGACUACAUCUGCAAACCAAGUGUGAACUGCCCUCCAGACUCAGAGUACAUUGAGUGCGGCCCAGCCUGUAUUCCUAGCUGUGCAGAACCUUCCACCAACUGCUCUGGUUCUUGCAUCAGUGGCUGCUUCUGUAAACCAGGCUUUGUUUUCCGUGGCCGGCGUUGUGUUCCUAUUGAGCAGUGUGGAUGUCUGGAUGAUGACAACAAUUACUUUGAGCCUGGCGAGAUCAUAUUUGGAAACGGCUGUUCAAAGUUGUGUCGCUGUGCCGGCAACUACACUUUCGACUGUGUGGACAACACCUGUGACCCUGUGACUGAAGAAUGUCGGGAGGUUGGUGGAGUGCACGGCUGCUAUCCUAAAGGAACCUCUACCUGCAUCGCUUCUGGUGACCCCCAUUACACCACUUUUGAUAAGCGGCGCUACGACUUCAUGGGAAACUGUUCUUACCUGAUGUCUGAACCCUGUAACAGCACAGACGUGCCUUACUUUGCCGUAUACACAGACAAUGAGAAUCGCUACAACAAUCUUCAUAUCAGCUAUGUAAAAGCAGUUCAUGUUCAUGCACUGGGAGUGAAAGUGUCUAUUCUGAAAGGAGGAACUGUGCAGGUUAACGGUACCAAUGUCAACAUUCCUCUGAGUCCUGUUGCUGGUGUAGAUAUUUUUAUGUCCGGCAAGCACUACACAGUGGCCUUGAACUUUGGAGUCACAGUUCGUUAUGAUGGAAACCACCAUAUGGACAUUAAAGUUAUCAAGGAUUAUGAGGACAAACUCUGUGGACUGUGUGGAGACUACAACGGAGACCCUCAGGAUGACUUCCAGACCCCAACUGGGGAACUGGUCCAAAGCCCUAGUGACUUUGGUCACAGCUGGAACACAGACCCUAACUGUAACAAGCCAGAGGUCGGCCCAAAUCCAGGAUGUACAGAUGCUGAACAGGAGUUGUACGAAGGUCCUGCUUACUGUGGCAUCAUAUUGGACAACAAAGGACCAUUUGCUGUUUGCCAUCCAAAAGUCAACCCCAAUGGUUACUUCCAAAACUGUUUGUUUGAUGUGUGUGAACUGGACGGAGCUCAUUCAGCAUUGUGUGAAGCAAUAGAGUCGUACGUCAAUGAAUGUCAGGACCGUGGCGUCACAAUUGGACCCUGGAGAAACAGCACCUUCUGUCCUCUGAAAUGCCCACCCAAUAGUCACUAUGAUUCAUGCGCCCCAGUUUGCCAGCCUUCCUGUACGCCAAUUCCACCAAGUCAGUGCACCGGACCAUGUUCUGAAGGAUGUGUUUGUGACCCAGGAUACAUCCUCAGUGCUGGCCAGUGUGUGAAAGAAGACACGUGUGGCUGCAGCUAUAAUGGAAAUUAUUAUAAGCCAGGUGAAGAGUUCUACACUAAAGACUGUGAGCUACGGUGUAAGUGUGAUCCCCCCGGCCUUACUUGUAACACUUCUAGCUGCUCACCAAUGGAACAAUGUGAUGUACAGGGUGGCAUAAUUGGCUGUUACCCAUUAGGAUCUGAAGACUGUGUCAUCUCUGGUGAUCCACAUUACACAACAUUUGAUGGCAAAUACUACAGUUACAUGGGCACUUGCACCUACACACUGGCCCGCACCUGCAAAAACAACACCCGCCCCUGGUUCUCUAUAGAGGGAAAGAAUGAAGAGAGGGGAGCCUCUGGCGUUUCUUACCUGAGGAAACUGUACGUGACUGUUGACGGUAUCACUGUGACAAUGAUGAAAGACAGAACAACACUGGUGAAUGGACUCAGGGUGACUCUGCCUCACUCUCCAUCUCCACUCAUUUCUCUGUCUCUUGCUGGACAAUAUGUAAUCCUUACAACUCCAUUCGGCCUAAAAGUGCAGUGGGAUGGCAACCAUUAUGCCAAGAUCUCCGUUCCGAGCUCCUACUACGACCAGAUGUGUGGACUGUGUGGAGACUAUGAUGGAAACCCCAAUAAUGACUUUACUAAGCCAGAUGGAAACCAAACCAACAGCUCAAAUCAGUUUGGUGACAGCUGGAAAACUGAUGACGAUGAGGACGCAACGUGCAAGCCUGACCCUGGACCCCAACCACCCUGUGAUCCUGUGCUGGAGGGUGAGGUGUCAAAACCUGAGAACUGUGGGAAAAUAACUGACACAAAUGGACCAUUUAGAGACUGUAUCAAGGUGGUGAACCCGUUGCCUUUCUUCCAGAGCUGUGUGUUUGAUAUGUGCCGUUAUCAGGGGUUGCAGCAGGUUCUUUGUGAUCAGCUUCAGGCCUACACUGAUGCUUGCCUGAGUGCAGGUGCUCCUGUCCAUCAGUGGAGGGAGCCAGACUUCUGCCCUUUGGUAUGUCCUCCAAACAGCCACUACUCCAUGUGUGUAAGCUCCUGUCCAGAGACCUGUCUGGGCAUCAAUGGACCACCGGGCUGCAGUGAAAAGUGUGUAGAGGGAUGUGAAUGUGACCCCGGCUUCAUCCUCAGUGGCAACAAAUGUGUCCCUGUUAAAGACUGUGGCUGUGUGGACUCUUCAGGCUCCUACCAUCCAGUGAACGAGAGCUGGUAUCUGGAGGGUUGUAAGCAGAAGUGCACUUGUGAAGGAGGAGGAUCUAUAAAGUGUUAUGACACUAGCUGUCUUCCUGAUGAAAGCUGCCAACUUCAAGAUGGAGACUACAUCUGCAAACCAAUUGUGAACUGCCCUCCAGACUCAGAGUACAUUGAGUGCGGCCCAGCCUGUAUUCCUAGCUGUGCAGAACCUUCCACCAACUGCUCUGGUUCUUGCAUCAGUGGCUGCUUCUGUAAACCAGGCUUUGUUUUCCGUGGCCGGCGUUGUGUUCCUAUUGAGCAGUGUGGAUGUCUGGAUGAUGACAACAAUUACUUUGAGCCUGGCGAGAUCAUCUUUGGAAAUGGCUGUUCAAAGUUGUGUCGCUGUGCCGGCAACUACACUUUCGACUGUGUGGACAACACCUGUGACCCUGUGACUGAAGAAUGUCGGGAGGUUGGUGGAGUGCACGGCUGCUAUCCUAAAGGAACCUCUACCUGCAUUGCCUCUGGUGACCCACAUUACACCACUUUUGACAAGCGAAACUACGACUUCAUGGGAAACUGUUCUUACCUGAUGUCGGAACGUUGUAACAGCACAGACGUGCCUUACUUUGCCGUAUACACAGACAAUGAGAAUCGCUACAACAAUCUUCAUAUCAGCUAUGUAAAAGCAGUUCAUGUUCAUGCACUGGGAGUGAAAGUGUCUAUUCUGAAAGGAGGAACUGUGCAGGUUAACGGUACUAAUGUCAACAUUCCUCUGAGUCCUGUUGCUGGUGUAGAUAUUUUUAUGUCUGGCAAGCACUACACAGUGGCCUUGAACUUUGGUGUCACAGUUCGUUAUGAUGGAAACCACCAUAUGGACAUUAAAGUUAUCAAGGAUUAUGAGGACAAACUCUGUGGACUGUGUGGAGAUUACAACGGAGACCCUCAGGAUGACUUCCAGACCCCAACUGGGGAACUGGUCCAAAGCCCCAGUGACUUUGGUCACAGCUGGAACACAGACCCUAACUGUAACAAGCCAGAGGUCGGCCCAAAUCCAGGAUGUACAGAUGCUGAACAGGAGUUGUACGAAGGUCCUGCUUACUGUGGCAUCAUAUUGGACAACAAAGGACCAUUUGCUGUUUGCCAUCCAAAAGUCAACCCCAAUGGUUACUUCCAAAACUGUCUGUUUGAUGUGUGUGAGCUGGACGGAGCUCAUUCAGCAUUGUGUGAAGCAAUAGAGUCGUACGUCAAUGAAUGUCAGGACCGUGGCGUCACAAUUGGACCCUGGAGAAACAGCACCUUCUGUCCUCUGAAAUGCCCACCCAAUAGUCACUAUGAUUCAUGCGCACCGGUUUGCCAGCCGUCUUGUACACCAGUUCCACCAAGUCAGUGCACUGGACCUUGUUCUGAAGGAUGUGUUUGUGACCCUGGAUACAUCCUCAGUGCUGGCCAGUGUGUGAAAGAAAACACAUGUGGUUGCACCUUUAAUGAUCAUUAUUAUAAGCCAGGUGAAGAGUUCUACACUAAAGACUGUGAUCUGCUGUGUAAGUGUGAUCCUCCAUUUGUUACCUGUAAUGCUGCUGACUGCCCACCAAUGGAGCAAUGUGGAGUUCAGGAUGGAAUAACUGGGUGUUACCCACAAGGAUCUCAAGACUGUGUCGUCUCUGGUGAUCCUCAUUACAACACAUUUGAUGGCAAAUUCUACAGCUACAUGGGCACUUGCACAUACACACUGGCUCGCACCUGCAAAAACAACACCGGCCCCUGGUUCUCCAUAGAGGGUAAAAAUGAAGAGAGAGGAGCUUCUGGCGUUUCCUACCUGAGAAAACUGUACGUGACUGUUGACGGUAUCACUGUGACAAUGAUGAAAAACAAGAGAACUCUGGUGAAUGGACUCAGGGUGACUCUGCCUCACUCUCCAUCUCCACUCAUUUCUCUGUCUCUUGCUGGGCAAUAUGUAAUCCUUACAACUCCGUUCGGCCUAAAAGUGCAGUGGGAUGGCAACCAUUAUGCCAAGAUCUCUGUUCCCAGCUCCUACUAUGACCAGAUGUGUGGACUGUGUGGGGACUAUGAUGGAAACCCCAAUAAUGACUUCACUAAGCCAGAUGGCACCCAAGUUGACAGCUCAAAACUGUUUGGCGACAGCUGGCAAACUAAGGAAGAUGAGGACGCAACGUGUAAGCCUGACCCUGGACCUCAACCACCCUGUGAUCCAGUGCUGGAGGGUGAGGUGUCAAAACCUGAGAACUGUGGGAAAAUAACUGACACAAAUGGACCAUUUAGAGACUGUAUCAAGGUGGUGAACCCGUUGCCUUUCUUCCAGAGCUGUGUGUUUGAUAUGUGCCACUAUCAGGGGUUGCAGCAGGUUCUUUGUGAUCAGCUUCAGGCCUACACUGAUGCUUGCCUGAGUGCAGGUGCUCCUGUCCAUCAGUGGAGGGAGCCAGACUUCUGCCCUCUGGUGUGUCCUCCAAACAGCCACUACUCCAUAUGUGUAAGCUCCUGCCCAGAGACCUGUCUGGGCAUCAAUGGACCACCGGGCUGCAGUGAAAAGUGUGUAGAGGGAUGUGAAUGUGACCCCGGCUUCAUCCUCAGUGACAACAAAUGUGUCCCUGUUAAAGACUGUGGCUGUGUGGACUCUUCAGGCUCCUACCAUCCAGUGAACGAGAGCUGGUAUCUGGAGGGCUGUAAGCAGAAGUGCACUUGUGAGGGAGGAGGAUCUAUUAAGUGUUAUGACACCAGCUGUCUUCCUACUGAGAGCUGCCAGCUUCAAGAUGGAGACUACAUCUGCAAACCACUUGGUUCAGGCAUUUGCUCGGUUUCUGGUGACCCUCAUUAUACCACCUUUGAUGAUAAAGUACAUCACUUCAUGGGUGCCUGCUCCUACACUCUCACCAAGCCCUGUAAUGAGACCUCCGGCAUGCCAUACUUCUCUGUGGAGACACAAAACGAGCACAGAGACAAUAAUAAAAAAGUGUCGUAUGUAAGAUCUGUUAUCGUCAAAGUUCACAACACAACAGUCAUUUUGGGCAAGGGCCGCAAAAUACAGGUGAAUGGAGUUCAGGUCACUGCGCCUGUAACACUUUCUAAUGGUAUUAAGAUCUUCAUGAGUGGCAAAUUUGUGGUGCUUGAGACCAACUUUGGACUGCGUGUCCGCUUUGAUGGAAAUCAUCAUGCAGAUGUCACCCUGCCUUCCUCUUACAACGGACUGUUAUGUGGACUUUGUGGAAACUUUAAUGGUAAUCCUAAUGACGACAACAUCAAGUUAGAUGGGAAGCCCACAGACAGCACCAAUGAGCUUGGAGAGAGUUGGCAGGUGCCUGAUGACAGACCAGAUUGUACUCAUGGUGGAGGAGACAUUGAAUGUGACGAUAAAAUCCAAAGUGAAGCUCAGAAACCUACUAGCUGUGGCAUGAUCACCGACCCCAAUGGAAUCUUCAAGCCUUGUCAUGCAGUGGUGCCUCCCGAUCCUUACUUUGAGAACUGUGUGUUUGAUCAGUGUGGCACCGGUGGUGCCGCUGUGGCACUAUGCCAAGCUAUUCAAAGCUACGCUGACCUGUGCGCUCAAGCUGGGGUGCCAAUUAACUGGAGGAAUAACACCUUCUGUCCAAUCAAGUGUCCGGUUGGCAGUCACUAUGAGCACUGUGGUUCAGCAUGUCCAGCCAGCUGUCAGGACCCUGGAUCCGAAAGCACCUGUACUGAGCCCUGCGUUGAGGGAUGUGUGUGUGACCCUGGCUUUGUCCUCAGUGGAGAUGAGUGUGUGCCUUUCAGAGAGUGCGGUUGCACUGACAAAAACAACAACUACAGACCUGUUGGAGACAGUUGGUUCACAAAAGAUGAUUGCACCGAGCGCUGCACAUGUUCACCUUUCAAUACUGUGACAUGCGAGGCAUGGCAAUGUGGUCCUGCUCAGGAAUGUAAAGUCAAUGAGGGUGAACUAGGCUGUGUGAACACAGGAGUGGGCAUUUGCCACAUCGCUGGGGAUCCUCACUAUUACACCUUCGAUGGCAUCAUGCACACCUACAUGGGCACCUGUACUUACACACUGGUGGAAGUGUGCAACACCUCUAUGGUGACACCCUUCACCAUUGUGGCCAAGAACGAAGAGCGCGGCCAACCAGAAGCUUCAUAUGUUCGCUCUGUGACCGUCUACCUGCCCACUGCCAACAUCACCAUCAGCAAGAGUGGACGAGUUCUGUUGAAUGAACGCAGAGUAAAAACUCCAUAUGACAUUAAUGUAGCCAAAUCACGAGUGUUUACCAGUGGAGUGAACACCAUACUAGACACGGACUUCGGCCUGAUUGUGAAGUUUGAUGGAGUGCACCAUGUUGAGAUCACAGUGCCUGGAGACUAUUUUAACAAGGUGUGCGGGAUGUGCGGUAACUACAACGGAGAUUCCUCUGAUGAUAACUUAAAGCCAAAUGGCAAACCAGCGAAUAACUCUAUUGAAUUUGGUGACAGCUGGAAGGCAGAGGGUGACAGUGAUCCUGGCUGCCAACCUGAUCCACGACCUGACGACAAACCAAACUGCGACGAGAGUGAAGAAGAAAUCUACAAGGCGCAGUGCGCUUCCACUAUCCUGUCUGAUCGCUUCAAGCCCUGUCACUCUCUCAUCCCUCCCGAGGCCUUCCUGGGGAACUGUGUCUAUGAUAUGUGCGAAUAUAAUGGCAUGCAGUCGACACUCUGCGAUAACGUGGAGGCUUACGCUCAGGCCUGUCAUAGCGCUGGAGUCACUAUCAGCUGGAGGAACAGCACCUUCUGCCCUCUCCCGUGCCCACCCAACAGUCACUACUCUGAGUGCACACCUCCAUGUCCUCCUACUUGUGCUGACCUCUUCCCCAUUUUCUGCCCAUUACCACCCAAUAGCUGUGUUGAAGGCUGUCAGUGUAAUGCAGGUUUUGUGCUAAGUGAUGGCAAGUGCGUUCCUCUCUCAAGCUGUGGAUGCGUUGACAGCAAUGGAGAGUAUCACGACGUGGGGGAUUCCUGGAUAACAGACCGCUGCACACAGAAAUGCACCUGCAGCCUUGGAGGACUGUUGACCUGCAAUGCCUUUGAAUGCAAUGAAAACUCAAUCUGUGAUCUUGACAGCAAUGGAGACCGUUACUGCAAACCCGAGAAAUUCGAUGACUGCACAAUUGCUGGAGACCCUCACUAUCGUACAUUUGACAAAUACAAUCACCACUACCAAGGAGCGUAUACCUAUGUGUUGAGCCAAGACAACAAUUUACCCAGCCACCUCACUCCUUUCAUGGUCCGCGGCAAAAACCAGAGGCAAGGAGGUAUCAGUCGGGUGUCCCUCCUGCGCGAGGUCUUUGUGGACGUGUACGGCAUUACUGUCCGCAUGCAACAGAAUAAGAAAGUGCUGGUCAAUGAAGAGAAGGUUGGUCUACCAUACAGUCCUGUACAGGGAGUUAGCAUCAAAACAAAAUCUCGCUACGUGAUGCUCACAACUGACUUUGGCCUUACUGUGCGUUUCGAUGGCAGUUCCCAAGGAGUGGUGACUCUGCCAAGUGUAUACAGGACUCGAGUGCUCGGUCUGUGUGGUAAUUAUGACGGACGCACUAAUAAUGAGUACACCAAACCAGACGGCACAGUCACCCGCGACCUCAAUGUGUUCGGAGACAGCUGGAGAGUAACUGACAGAAGUGCAGCGGCUCUUCGUGCCACAUCCCUGCCAAAGAUGGUGCACCUACACAAGCGAGAAGUGGAGGAGGAUCCAGACUCAGGGUUUGAGACGACAGGCUGCACAAACGCUCAGCUGGAGGACCUGAACGGAAACAAACAAUGUGGGGCUCUUAGUGACCCUGCGGGUCCUUUCUCUGCCUGUCAUGCUGUGAUCGAUCCAGAAAUCUACAUGGAGGAUUGUGUGUUUGAUCUGUGUGCUGAGCAGGGCAGUGAAGUGCUCCGCUGUGAAAACUACGCUGUCUAUGCUCGGGCCUGUCAAGACCAAGGUGUUACACUGGGGCAGUGGAGACAAGAUCUCAAGUGCGGUCUGCAGUGUGGAGCCAACAGCACCUACUUCGCCAGUAUGACUCCCUGCCCGGCGUCCUGCGGAGAUCUGGCAGCUCCAUCCGAAUGCGAGCAAACGCAGUUGGUGGAGGGAUGUCAGUGUAACGCCGGCUUCGUCCUGAGCGACCAGGACUGUGUGCCUUACAGCCAGUGUGGAUGCACUUAUCUCAAUCGCUACCAUGUGCUCGGGGAGAUGUUUGUGACUGAAGAUUGCGCACAGAGUUGCGAAUGUACAAAGACUGGCGCUGUGUGCCAAGUCAAGGGCUGCCAGGAGAACGAGAUCUGCACUGUGUUCGAAACCAAACUGGACUGUUAUAGAGUGAGUCCAUGUUUGAGUUCGCCCUGUCAGAACGAUGGCACCUGUAAUGAUAAAGAAGAUGGUUCUGGCUACACCUGCAUUUGUGCUGAAGGGUUUGAGGGCACAAACUGUGAGCUCUUCGAGAUCCCCCCUAAGGGAGGCCUGGAUAAAACAUCGAUUAUCUUGAUUGGCGUCCUUGUGCCACUCGGCGUCCUCCUCAUACUUACAGCAACUGUGUGCAUUUACAAAAAGUGCAGCCGCAAGAAAAAGACUUACGAUUCAAAAAAAUUUGAGCUGAGCAAAAAGACAGCGCAUCCCUAUGAAAGUAUGGAUAAUGAGAAGAAGCCAGCAGCGGAUAACAGUGUGCUGAAAGCUACUACGUUCUGAGGAGAAACUUCCGUGCUUUGACCUUGAUAUGCUACUAUGCAAAGAUUUCGUUUAUAUUUAUUCAUUUUCAAUGUGACGUGACUGACAAACUUCUGUUAACAUAUCGUUUUUUUCAGCCUGUAACUUAUUUGUAAACUUCAUUGUGAUUUUGUUUUGUGUGUGUUAUGAUUGGGGAUUGAGUGCAAUGAUCAAAUGUCCGUAUUUGAGUAUCUGACGUGAAAUAAAAUAUAUUUUAUUUUGGAAAAUA